AUGCUUCCAGCUACCCCAACUGUCGUUGCUUCAUUGGCCAGAGCAUGUCUAAACUCUGUUCCAUUGAACAAGACCGCUGCGAUUGCUCUGGUCACCGCCAUGGAGCCAUACCUGGAAUGGCAAAGUGAUUCGGCAUAUCUGCGAGAUCCACCAGAGACAUACUUUUACCCACCACACGAUAUCUUUGCCUAUCUUGCAUCUGUGAAAACUAAUCUUGAAAGCGAUAAGUACGCAAACGAAUAUGAAUUCCAAGAAGACCUCUAUCAGGUAUUCGCUCGUGCUCAUGAUGGGCAUUUUGUCUUUUACCCAGAUGCUUUGACAAAAGCAAUCGAAUGGGGCAGGCAGAGAUCUCUCGUUUCUAUCAGCGAGGAUGGAACAUCACUGCCGGUGAUUAAGCUCUACGAGGAUGUUGUCUCAGGCGCCAAUGCAUCUGUGGUCACAGAAAUCAAUGGCGAGGAUGCAGCGACAUAUGUUGCGAACUUCGCGUACACCGCCUCAUUCAAUCAAGAUGCAGAUGCAGCAUAUAACACCAUGUUCUUCGAGAAGGCAUUCGUCGGAGGCGGAACAGGUACAGGAUACUUUAAUGGAGGAGGUCGUGUGAGAUAUAUCUAUCCAGGUGACAAUACGACCUUCACGUUUGCCAACGGCUCAAGUCUUACUUUAGAAAACGUUGGCCACGUGAAAGGCGACUUCUCAGGAGUAACAGAUGGAUCUUCUUUCUACACCAAGUUUUGUAUUCCGGAAAGCAGUGGAGAUGCAGCAGCAGCAAACUCUGAUGAAACCGAUGCCUUUGUCCCAGAUGUCCUCGUCCCUGGAUAUCCAUCUCCUGUGGUCAUCACCAACGACACCAUCGUUUCUGGAUAUUACUUGAACGGAGCGGAUUACGAGGAUGUGGCUGUGCUUAGUCUCUUGGCCUUCGAAUCAGAAUCUCCCCUGGAAUUUCAGCAAGUCACCCAACAGUUCUUCGCCGAUGCUGUGCGGGACGGGAAGACGAAGCUUGUCAUUGAUCUCAGUGCAAAUGGUGGAGGCUACAUCCUACAGGGAUAUGAUGAAUUCAGACAGCUGUUCCCAGACAUUGUUCAAGAUGGCAACUCACGAUGGAGAGAGAAUCCUACGUUUUUGGCUAUUUCAGAGGUCUUCUCCAGCAUUUCUGCCAGCUUCAACCCUCUGACCUCUUCCAAUUUUGUUAUCAACGAGGCUGAGAGUGUUUUCAACUACCGAUACGAUCUCAACAUCUCGAAUGAGCCAUUCCUGACCUUUGAAGACAAGUUCGCACCACAUGUAUACAAAGGUGACAAUUUCACCAAUCUCAUGAGAUGGAACUUAAACGACCCUCUCACCACCAGCAAUGACACAUACGGUCUCGGAACGGACAUUACUGGAUAUCGCAGUAGAACCAACUUCACUCAACCAUUCGAGGCCGACAAUAUCAUCAUGCUUCUCGACGGAUAUUGCGCAUCGACGUGCACUCUAUUUACAGAAUUCAUGCGUACCCAGGCUGGUAUCAAAUCAAUCGCCAUGGGUGGUCGGCCAAUGGAAGGGCCGAUUCAAGGAGUAGGAGGAAUCAAGGGAGCACAGAUUCUGGGAUGGGGUGACAUCUAUUCCGCAGCACAAACAGCACUUCUCAAUGCCACAGCGGAACAGGCAGCCAUUCUUUCUACUCUUUCCCCUCUUCCAGCCAGCCGAGCACUGAGCACUGGUAUAAACGUCAGAGACAACAUCCUUCCGGACCAUGUUGAAGAUGGAUUGCCAGGACAAUUUGUUUUUGAAGAAGCUGAUUGCAGAUUGUACUACACUGAACCGAUGGUCACAGACGUUACGGCCUUGUGGAAGGCAGCUGCGGAUGCCGCUUUCGGUGGCGCCAGCUGCAACUAUGGAAGUCUGGCGAAGAGAGACGAGGUCAAGAGGGACCCCAAGAGUCGAGAUGCGCUCAUCAAGAGAGCCGAACAUCCCAGAAGAGCAAUUAUCACCGAGGAAAACCAGGCGUGGGUGGCGAGACAUGGUCGCAAGGCAAUUCCUUGA